AUGAAAGCAACAAAUUUUACUACUAUUCGUGAAACAUCAUUAUUUAAUAAAACAUCUAAAAAACAAGGAAAUAAAAUAAAAAAAAAUUCAAUUGAAAAAAAAGAAAGAAAAAAAACUAUUGAAGUAUUAAAAAAUCUUGUUGGUACAAGUAAUGAUUGUAGUCAACUUGAAGUUAUGCAAGCAGUAAUUGAUUAUAUUGCUUCAUUAAAAAAACAACUUACAAAAGAUUAUGAUGAAACAAACAAUGUAAUGGAAACUGAGGCAUCAAAUCUUGCAAAGGCACUCGCAAGUAGCUUUAAUUAA